UUCCUUUUCUUAAGGGUGGGGGGAAGAAAGAAAGAUGAGGAAAAAUAAACUUCUGGGAGGGGGUAGGCGCGGAGGUGAGGACGUUGCAGCGUGUUGGCUGGUCGUGCGACUUAUUUAAAAAAUGAAAUUCUUGUUAGAGGAGGGGGGAAAAGUUUCCUUUAAAAAAAAAAAGGAGGAAAAAAGUUUGGCUGGCAGCGGUGGAGAUGAUGAUGAGUUCGUGCAGCCUCCCUCUUCCCUUCCCCCGCUCCUCCCUCUCCUCUCCUCCCUCCGCGGCUCCUGGUUUUUUUUUCUUUUUUUUUUUUUUUUCCCUUCCCUGUUGCAGACUUUCUACCAACCAGCGGCACCAGCCGCGGCGUUUUGCCUUCAGGACCUGAUGCUCAUCCAUAUUAAACCGUCUGAGCUCAGGAAUCCGGCCAGAUCAUCCCCCCCCUCCUGCUGCAAAGUUUAUUUUUAACCAGCCACCGCCACAAUUUGGAUGGGGCUGCGAGGAAGCAACAUCUUCUAGCCCGGCUCGCCCCCGUCUCCCGAGCUUGCCUUUUAACUUUUCCUUCGGGCUUAUUUUGCUGCCGGCGGUGGCGGCGGGUCCCGCGGCGGCCCCUGCCCGCUGUUCCCGGCCGGGAGGGCCGCGCCGGAGCCGGGAAGUUGGGAUGAAGGCGCCCCUUCUCCGCAGCGUUCCUGAAAUAAACUUCCUGCAAUUCUUUGCAGUGUGCAGGUGUCCAGACUCCCCUUUACUCAUGGUCGCCUGUGAAACCCGUCAGGCAACUGAAGGCUGUACCUAAAAUUCUGCUGGCAGUGCAGCACACUGCAGUGGCCUUGCUAUAGUUACGGUGGACACCUUGUGCAGCCACAGCUGUAGCAUCCCCUCGUAGUCCGAACAGCUCUGCCUCUUGCGGUCCAGGAGUCUGCACGUGUGGAGGACUGCCUGGAAUAGAAAAAGGAAAGCUGCAGAGAGUGUAAGCUGCUGCUUGAUCCGUGUGGCUGUUGUGCCGAGGAACAUCAAAACUUUGCUGGAUGGAUCCGACAGCUCGUUGCAAAGUAGAGGUGCUAGAGGGUGCUGCUGAAGAAGAGGCUGAAGAGCCAGACGCAACUGUACAUACUACACCAAGUGAGGAGACCAGCAACCCAGAAGAGGGCCACAGUCAGUCAGGGGAGAAAGAUGAAGAGAAGCAGCUGGAAAGCUUAAACAGCUACAAGGUAUCACCAAGUUCCCCGAACAGUUUGGACGGAGCAGACUUGUCCUCCAUCGAUGCCAUGAUGUCAGCAGUAAUGAAUGUGGGGAAAAUUGCUGAAAACAGCGGGAAUUCUCAAAAUGUCAAAUCCCCCUCAAAGUCUCCUGCACCGAAUCGGAUUGGCAGGAGGAACCAGGAAACAAAAGAAGAGAAGUCUUCCUAUACCUGUCCUCUGUGUGAAAAGAUUUGCACUACACAGCACCAGCUAACUAUGCACAUUCGUCAGCAUAACACUGACACUGGAGGGACAGACCAUUCCUGCAGCAUCUGUGGAAAGUCUCUGAGCUCAGCGAGCUCCCUUGAUCGCCACAUGCUGGUGCACUCAGGUGAAAGGCCUUAUAAAUGUUCCGUAUGUGGACAGUCCUUCACCACCAAUGGAAACAUGCACAGGCACAUGAAGAUUCAUGAGAAGGAUCCAAACAGCACAGCGAGCACCACUCCCCCCUCGCCGCUGAAGCGCAGGCGAUUGUCUUCGAAACGGAAGUUCAGUCACGAUGCUGAGCUGGACAGAGAGGAGAGGACACCUGCAAAAAAGGUUGUCGAGGAUGGCCAUUCCGGUGAAGGGGAUAAGAGGGCUGACGAUGAAGUUUAUCAUUGUCCAGUGUGUUUCAAAGACUUUUUUUGCAAGUAUGGGCUGGAGUCCCACAUGGAGACACAUCCAGAUAAUUCGCUGAGGUGUGACAUCUGUUGCAUUACCUUUCGUACUCAUCGGGGCUUACUGCGCCAUAAUGCAGUUAUCCACAAGCAGCUUCCUAGAGAUCCCAUGGGAAAACCUUUCAUUCAGAACAACCCUUCAAUUCCAGCAGGCUUCCACGACCUGGGAUUCACGGACUUCUCCUGUAGGAAGUUCCCCCGCAUUUCUCAGGUCUGGUGUGAAACAAACUUGCGAAGGUGCAUCAGUGACUUCCAUCGAUUUAUUUGCGAGAUGUGUAACAAGGCAUUCCCCAUGCUUUCAGCACUCAAACUGCACACAGAAACUCACGUGGUGGAUCAGGGAAAAGACAAGCACAAGCCACAGUCCACGACCCCACCCGGUGAGAACCCAGACCAGAAAGCCUUCAUGGCAUCCUUGGGCCUACAGUACACCAAAGACAUCAAGCCUGUCAAGCAGGAGGACAAUACACAAGACGAGGUCCAAGAAAUGCGGCUCAGAGCACUGAAGAGUAACCUACCUCAGGAACCCGGCAGCACCAGUCUGCUCAGCCUCUCUCCUCUGGAAGCUGCCUCUAUGGGAGGAACAUUUUCAGUCCUUCCCCCUACAAAAGAAAACAUAAAGCUUCUUUCACUGCAGCCUUUUCAGAAGGGUUUUAUUAUCCAGCCUGACAGCAGUAUUGUGGUGAAACCCAUCUCUAAUGAGUCUGCAAUUGAGCUGGCAGACAUUCAGCAGAUCUUGAAGAUGGCUUCUUCUGCUCCUCCUCAAAUCAGUCUUCCUCCACUUUCUAAGGCACCUUCUGUCCCUGUGCAGUCAAUUUUCAAGCAUAUGCCACCACUGAAGCCAAAGCCUUUGGUAACGCCCCGAACAGUUGUCGCAACCUCUACACCUCCUCCUCUUAUCAGUGCCCAGCAAGCCUCCCCUGGCUGCAUCAGCCCAAGUCUCCCACCUCCCCCUCUGAGGCUGAUCAAGAAUUCAGUGGAGUCCGCCUCCAACUCUCAUCUCCCCCUGCCAGGAGCCAAAUCAAGUCCUUCCUCGCAGUUGCUCCUCCAACCCAAAGUAGAGCCUUUAACUCAGCAUGAGAUGAAGACACAGCUGGAGCAGGACAGCAUCAUUGAAGCUCUCCUGCCUCUAAGUAUGGAAGCCAAGAUAAAGCAAGAAGUCACAGAAGGAGACCUCAAAGCUAUCAUCGCGGGGGCAGCAAACAAGAAGACCCCGACGAUGAGGAAAGUUUUGUACCCCUGCCGUUUCUGUGACCAAGUGUUUGCCUUCUCUGGUGUCCUGAGAGCUCACAUCCGUUCUCACUUAGGUAUUUCCCCAUACCAGUGCAACAUCUGUGACUACAUCGCGGCUGACAAGGCAGCGCUGAUCCGGCACCUGCGGACGCACAGCGGGGAGAGGCCUUACAUCUGUAAAAUCUGCCACUACCCGUUCACAGUGAAAGCCAACUGUGAGAGGCACCUGCGGAAGAAGCACCUCAAAACGACCAGGAAGGAUAUCGAGAAGAACAUCGAGUAUGUCACCAGCAACGCCGCAGAGAUGGUGGAUGCCUUCUGCUCCCCAGACACGGUGUGCAAGCUCUGUGGAGAGGACCUGAAGCACUACCGGGCCCUCCGCAUUCACAUGAGGACGCACAGCGGCUGCCAGAAGAAGAAGCCGUUCGAGUGCAAGGAGUGUGGCACGGCCUUUUCGGCCAAGAGGAACUGCAUUCACCACAUCCUCAAGCAGCACUUGCAUGUGCAAGAAAAGGAGAUUGAGAAUUACAUCUUAAUGGUGGACUGCAGUGCCCAGGAAAGCCAGACAGACCCUUCUUUAUUGGAGGACAGCACUUACAUGGACCACAAGCCCAUGACGCCUUUCCUGGAGCCACAAAACGGCUUCUUGCUGGGAACAUCAUCUCACGUUUCCAUCAAACGUGAACCUGUGGGCAACUUCCCCAUGGAUUUUGAUGAGCCGUUGGAUUUCUCUCAGAAGAGCAAAAGCCUGAGUGCUGUGCAGGUGAAGCAGGAGAACCUAUUCAGCUCAUCUCUGUCUCUUUACGACUGUUCCAUGGAGCCUAUCGACCUGUCCAUCCCCAAAAUCCUGAAGAAGGAUAAAGAUGAUGCCCCCUGUGAAGCCAGGAAUCAGGAGUUGGCUGCUUCCGGGAACAGUGAUAAAGCCUAUAACUGUCUGCAGUGUCCUUUGGUUUUUGGUGCCAAUGGGAACUCAGAAACCAACCGGGGUGUCAGACAUCCCCAGCCACUGAAAGGUUCGUUGCAUUUGACUGUCCCGAUCAUUUCCCCGGCUCUCCCUAGCAAUUCUGCCUUGCUGAGACCCCUGAGGCCUAAACCACCACCACCACCUCUCUUGCCAAAGCCUUCAGUAACUAAAGAGCUGCCACCAUUGGCUUCCAUUGCACAGAUCAUUUCAUCUGUGUCUUCUGCUCCCACUUUGCUGAAAACAGAGGCUGCAGACGCCAGUCCCAAGGCAGUGAGCAGCUCCACUGGGUGUGACAAAUCAGGGAAUGCCAAAGCUAAAGUGACAAUCGUGACCACCGUUCAGAGAGACUCCAGCCUGCCCAGUGACCUGUCUCAGGCUUGUGAUCCAGAGCAGUCUCCCGUUGCUGAGGCUGGGUUGACUAAGAAAAGAGGUAGAAAGAAAGGAACAAAAAAUAAGCCUAAACUUAGGAGUAGUGUGGAUCUGGAGUCAAGUGGGGAAUUUGCCAGCAUAGAGAAGAUGCUUGCUACCACAGACACUAACAAAUUUAGCCCAUUUCUGCAGUCCACUGACAAUUUCAAGGAGGAAAGUGGCAGAAAUGGAACAAGUGAGGAUGAGAAGGAAACUGCCAAGGAUAAGCUGCUGAGAGGGAAGAGGAACGCUUACUCAGACUGCCUGCAAAGUAUUCCCUGUCCUUACUGUCCUCAAGUCUUUCCAUGGGCAAAUGCCCUGCAGCGGCACAUGCUCAGUCACACAGAGAGCCAGGCGGAUGCAGAGGCACUAGCUACAGGGAACAAAGCCUUGAACCUGAGCUACGGCGAGAAGGAGCAGUCGGAGGAAAAGACAGAGCUACCAGAGAGUGAGCGCGGCCCCAAGGAGGAGCAGAAGGCUGACUCCCUUCUGGCAGAAGAGGAUGCUGAAGAAAAAGUGGAUGGAUAUGAAGAGGGCCCUGAGGAAGAUUCUGUAAGUAACAAAAGUCUUGACCUCAAUUUUGCCAGCAAAUUAAUGGACUUCAAGCUGGCAGAGAGUGACCAGUGUGCAGGCAGCAGUUCUCAGACUGAAAGGAAACAUGCCUGUGACAUUUGUGGCAAAACCUUCAAGUUUGCUGGCACUCUUAGCCGUCACAAAAAGGCCCACAUUCGUGAGGACAGAAAGGAUGAAAGGAGCAGUGAGGAUGAAAGCAAAAGCAUUCAGGAUGAUGCAGGAGCUCCCUCGAUGCAGGACUCUGGUCUUGAGCAGGAAGAGUCUCCGCUGGACUUGAAGGUAGUGGAGUCUCCUGUGGACUUUGAGGCAACAGGAAAGGAGAAUGAAGAGAGCGAAAGCAUCUCUGAGGGGGAAGGCACAGAGAGAAAGUCCACUGAGAAGAGCAGUGAUGACAAACCAAAGACUGAUGGGGCUAAGAGUACUGCAAAAGCAGACAAAAGAAAGAAAGUCUGUACUGUGUGCAACAAGCGUUUCUGGUCUCUGCAAGAUCUGACGCGACAUAUGCGGUCUCAUACAGGUGAGAGACCUUACAAGUGUCAAACCUGCGAACGGACCUUCACUCUGAAGCACAGCCUGGUCCGCCACCAGCGCAUCCACCAGAAAGUCAAAAAUGCCCGAAACCACGGGAAGGAGAGCGACAAGGAGGAGACGCAGUCGAGGUGUGGAGAAGACAGUGAGAAUGAGUCCAGCCACAGCGGCGCCAACCCCAUCUCCGAAAGCGAGUGCGACUCCGCGGGGGGUGUCAGCAGCCACUCGUCCCUCAUGGGGAGCCGGAACGAGCCCCUGGCCAGCACGGUCGUGGACUCCCCCUGCAGAGAAGAGAGGAGCGGCGCCUGCCUCGCCGAGCCCACCGACAGCGCGCAGAAACAGAUGGCAAAAGACCAGGAACCGCGGGGCAGCUCCGAGCACCAGAGUCCUUCAGGUUUCAUCCAUGAUUUGCUGGAGAUGCACAACGCGCCGUCUCCCAUGAAUCACAUCCUGGCCUCUGCAGACAGUGCGCCGCAGCUCUUGGGGGUGGAAUGACUUGCUAGGAGGUUGGACCCGUCUCAGCAGGCAAACUGAAGCCGGCAGAGCAAGGUUUCUGGAGUCUGGUUUCGGAAGAGCGACCUUACAGCUACGGGGAGAGAAUGGCAGACCGGACGUGGUGCCAUAUGCCUUUCAGUAUAAUAAUGCAAGAGACUACAGUAUAUACUGAUUUGAGUGCCUUACUACUUUAUUAGAUCUUUUGGUAUUAUAGAUUUUUUCAAAAAUGAUUUUAAUAUUUUAAAGAAUUAUUUGGAGAGGACCCUUUUUCAUUUAAGCAUUAAUGUUACCUUUUGUAUUGGUGUGCGUGAGCUUGUUCUUGUAUAUCUGUGAUAGUCGCUGUGUUUGUUCUCUGAGCUGGAAAUGGGGCAGUGGGGUGGGAGGCCCUUGGAUACCAUAGCCAAUAACUGGAAGAAAAAUGAUGUGAAUUUCAUAUGAAAUAGUCAGAGGAGAUGCAGAGGAGACGUUGAUUUAUUGUUUUUUUUCUCAGUAGAUGUUCUUGCAUUUGCCACAUGGUGGAGCAUUAAGCCUGUUCCAGGCCUGAACAACGUGGCAGUUGAAGGUGUUCAAAGUGGUUCAAGCCAAAAGCAGGAAACACAAAUUAAUUUCAACCUCAUACUUGUUUCCACUUUUCAGCAUUAGAAGUGGUCUUCUGAAUCCUAGGGGUUUUUUCUGGCCGUCACAGACUGAGCGUGUAUACAGAGAAGAGUUACAUAGCAACGUAACCUAUGGAAAUUAUGCACCCGCUGUUACAUAUGUUUGAUUUGCUUCAGUAUAUUAUUAUUAUUAUUAUUUUAUUAUUAUUUUAUAAAUCCAUCAGUUUGCUUGUCUCUGCAGUCAGCAGAAGCCAAUGGGCAAUAUUUGCCCACGGAGAUGCAUAGCGCAGCUUGGAUCCCGUCUCGGAGUGUUCUUGACUCACCGCUUUCACCAGCUCCUCCUCCUCCUCCUCCUGUCGUUGCAGCUCUUCUACUGUACUCUCCAUGAACCCCUUCCUCCGACCGGAGCGUCCCGCGGGGGCCGGCGAGGCACCGUCCCCGCGGCGGGCACGUCUCCCUCGUGGCGGGUGCCGGUGGGCGCGGGGGCGAGCGUGUGACAGGCACCGCCAGUGCCACCGUGGCCUGGCUGCCACCGCGCCGGUGACAGCCUGCGCCACUCACAGAGCAAAGUUAUCCCGUCUUCCAGUGGAAAGCAAGAGAGACAUGCGAGCCUUUACCCUCGUCUUGCUUCUGUCGUGUUCUAAGAGCAAGAAAAUACUACUGGUAAUAAAACUACAGAUAUACGACACGCUAAAAAUAAAUGAAAUAAAUUUAAAAUUUAAAAAAACCAAACAAAAAAAACACAAAACAAAAAAAAGAAAAAAAAAAAAAGAAAGAAAUUCUUCCUGAGACUUUGAGGUUGAUGCUUGAAGACUUGAGGUGUGUGUCUAAAUUUCAUUUCAGUAAUUUAACCCCUUUAAUGCUGGCAGCUGGAAUUUCUCCGUGUGGCUCCUGUUGCCGGCAACAGGUGACGCUCCAGCCACCAAUAUUGAAGGGGUUAAAUGAAAUGUAUCCUACUGUAGCUGCGCAUUUUUAGGAGUGCCCAGCGUUUUUGUUGUCCUUGUCCUUGUCGUCGUUAUUGUUGUUUGUUAAUUGUCCUUCAGUCAUGACCUCUGGGACAGACAGAGCCAUAAUAGCAUUGCCGGAGCCUCACUGUGCUAUUCCACCACUGCAGCCCCAGCCCAGCCCGCACUGUGACCCUCCCUCCUUCCCACCGCAGAAUCGCUUUUCCUGCUCUCACCAGACAUGGAGGAAGUGGGCCUUGGACCCAGUCUAUAUUAUAUAAUAUAUAUAUCUAUAUAUAUCUAUAUAUUAAAAAUUCUCGGAAAAGCUUCUGGAGACUGAAAUCUCACUGUCCAGAAUUCAAAGGAAGAGAAAUGUUCUUGAGUAAUAUUCUUGCAAAUAGAAUAAGAAAAAAUGGUUGAGGUAUAUGUGAUUUCUAUUUUUUUGUGUUUGGUUUUUUUUGGUUUUUUUUUUUAAUUUUUAAAUAGGGAUGUUUGAACCAGUUCAGAAACAAAGCUAAUGCCAGAUAUACAUAAAUCAAUCACAACCAAUGAUUCAUUUGAAACUCUACCCAGGUGCAUUCUACUUAAUUAAAACCAGUUCACGCAUCCCUUAAAUUGUUAUUACUAUUAUAAUUAUAAUAAUAAUUAUUAUUAUUAUUUGGGGUAUUUUUUGGUUUUUGUAAUUUUUUGUUUGUUUAUUUUGGGGUUGUUGUUUUGUUGUUUUGUUUUGGGUUUGAUUUUUUUUUUUUUUUGCAGCUCUCCACACUAAACUGCGCAAUACUGUGGGGGAGAAGCCAUUACUAAACUAUAUGCUGCAGAACAAUGUAGCAAGUAAUUAAUUCCCAGCAGCCUGCCGGGACAUCUGCUAGCAAUAAUCACUAUUGAUUUAAAGCUUUAUUUAGCCUUUAUCUAUAUCCUAGUAGAGUAUAAGGUCUUGCCACAUUUUAUUGACAUUUUUAUUAGUUGAGUUUGACUGAGAACUGUUGCUGUUGUUGGGGUUUUUUUUGUUUCCCUUCCUCCCCCAAUAUUAAACUGUGAAAUUUAUAAUGUGUUUAAACUAUGGGUGAAUCUUAGGCUUUAGUUUGCAUGUUCAGCUAAUUUGUCUCUAUACGAUUUUCGUUUGAAUCUUUUUAUUUUUUUUUCCUCUCUCAGGGCUUUUACAAAAAACAAAAACAAAACAAAAAAAAAAAAGCAAAAAAUAAGAUCUUCUAAAAUUCUUUUGCCUGAGUUGCAAUGGACUUAACAUGGAGAUAAUUCAAUCACUACAUUAAGCACUUGACUGUGAAAGCGCAAAAAAAAAAAUAAAGGAAAAAGAAAAAAAAAGAGAGAACCUUGUUUGAGGCUGUUGUGAAAUAACUUUAGGGGGCUAUGUGACAGUCUGAUUCCAUUUUCAGAAUGAUUCAUCUUCUCUUUCCUCUCUGUGUGUCUCCUUUCUCUCUCUUCUCUCUCCACGAAGGAAGUUUAAUCUUAGUGAUUUCAUCCCAUGCAGGAAACAGUAAUAAAUGUGUAGAAUUCAUAUUUUUCUAAAGGGAACUUAAACUGCUGCUACGAAUUGUGUACAAGACUGGUUUAUGCCACAUGAACAGAGAAUCACACAUUGUUUUGGUACUUUUAUUCCUCUUUUUGUUUUCAGUUGUACAGUACUUCCAAAUUCAAAAUAAAAAGUAAAACUUGUUCUGUAUCAAACCAUCUAAGCAAUAAAAUGUUAUAUUUAAAAAUUACAGGUUAUGAAAUGGGCGUGGCUCUGUUUGUGGUGACUUGUUCUCAGACUUAGCUCUGCUGGAGGACGACGUGCAAGCCGGAGUUUAUCUGUGCCAGUGGAUCGCUGUUUCUGUUCCUUGGGUUGACCUGAGUUUGAGCUGGAGAUGAUUGCGGCGCUCUGGAAACUCGUGUUCAUUUUGACCACCACUGUCUGGUAGCCAGGCCCCUUUGAACCACUGCUUCUCUCCCGUGCAGUUCCUUGAUGCAGCAACUGAAGACAGCAGAAAAGGGCUGAUUUUCCUGCAUAGGCAGGGUCAGGAUUCUCAUUUUUAUUUCAGGGUAGCCCUGUGGUUACACAGGUGAGCAUCCUCUCAGCAUGUAGUUUACUGGUCACUUUUUUUAGAAAUUAAGUAGGUUUCUGCUGCCAUAGUUUUCUUCUUGCAUAAAUGUUUAUGGCCGCAAACUCUUCAGGAUGUAUUCCAAAGCCACGUGCAUGGGUCAAAGAAAGAGACAAGUCCUUUGUUUUAGCUUAUCAGAGCUGCCUUAGCUGUAUUUUGUAUGCCUUCCUAUAAAUAAAACCCAUUUCACAGGACAGUGAGCCAAAGGAUCAUCUGAGUUGUGUAUCCAGCUCUGGAGGCCACGGAAUUGCAGUGAAGCUGAAGCAUCCACAUCUUCCUAAGUCCUGCUGCGGUGGUGCUUUCUGGCAAAGGAGUGAACCAGGUUCAGAAUGAGAGACAGACUUGGGGAGUGAGCUGCUGUUGCUUUCUUCCCUCAAGGGUCCCUCACCCCCAGAGGGACAGGUUAAAACAGAAGCAGUCAGCCAGCUCAGCCCCAAACCGAGGAUAUCUGAUGAAGUGGGGCUCUGAAGGCUCUCUGGGUGAGCUCAUGGGGUGGAAACAUUUCUGAGGGAGGAAACCUGCAGAAAAUAAUUUCCCUCUCCCACCCACUGACCUGAAUCGCCUCUCCUCUCGUGGAACUGAUGGGAAGCUCACAUCCAAGUGGCCUGAGGACCUGUCAGGAGGUGUAAAAUCAAAUGGGAUGAGUUUAUGUGGCUAGGAAGUGAUGGUGACUAAUUACUUAUGAAACAGAUGACUGAAAGCACUUAGUUCGUGGCCAUGGAGGCGUCUAAUGGCUGUGCCCUGCCCUUUUCUCCUUCUGUCUCAAAUUGACAGUGACUGUUGCUGAGUUGGGAAUUCCCCUGCUCUUCCUGCCUUGGACAGGGUAACACCCUGCAGGCCAGCUGCACUUUGCUCCUUGCUGGCAUUUCCCUUUCCCUCUUUCUGCCUCCACUCCUUCCCACACUAACACCCAUGGAUGGCAGCGAUAGCUGGAGCUGGUGUGGAACACCAGGUUAACUGAGAGGGGGGCAGCUGGUGGUGGUGGUGUCUCUGUGUGCCUUCGCCAACUUGCUGCUUCCUCGCCUCAUCCCCUAAAGCUUUUUUCCCCACCUUGGCAAGGGUGAAGCUGAGCUUAAUUCCUGACAUGGACGGGGGAGUGGCACAGCCCCUCCUGUGAGGCCCUGCUAUGGAUCUCUCACAGCAUGCUUCAGGUGUGGAGGCCACAUGCUUGCCCAGAGCACUAAAGUUUGGGGAAGCCCCAAGUCCUCUACCACCACAGGGGUGCCCUGGCAGCGAGGGGCACCAGGAAAGAGGUUUUCUUCUGAUGUGUGGAGUGUGAAACUGUGAAGAUGGGCAGGAGGUAGCAGGACUGAGUGAAAACUGGCUGCCCCAAAGCAGACCGUGGAGCCUGGUUGGAGUGUCUUCCACAUUUCUGCUGCUACUGAAAUGCAAACAAGUAAAGAGAAAGGAAUAAAGUUACUUGGUUUUCAUUAUGCAGCUGUCUCAAAGUAGCCAGCAUUUGCAAGGUGGGAGGGCUGUACACCUACACCCAGAUCUUCAGAAAAUGAGUGCAUGAGAAAUGAUUUGCUGUUGACACUUAACAGUGGCCUGUUCUGCUGGAAAAAGCCCUUCUCAAACAAAAUGAGUCACAAUUCAACUAGCAAAGGCAGCAAGGGGCAAAAGUUUAUUUGAAACCUCUCCUUCUUUACAAGUCUCCACUUUGGGGAAUCAUACAUGCCAUUUUCUUUCAGCAUGUCUACAGUUAUGAUGGGAUUGAAAGUGUCACUUUUGGAAACCCUGAAGUUUAAGUUUAUCUGCAAAAGGGAGACUCAAGACUCUAGCACAGAAUAACCAGCACUUUCUGUACAUCAGAGAGGCACCGUUUUCAUCACCCACUGUGACAAUGCAAAAAAAAAGUAUGGAGAAAUGCAUUGGAUUGUUCAACUGGAACAUCUCUUAACUGCUGGACAGUGGGAAAAGGGGCCACGCCAGCACUUCCCAAACCCUGAGUACUGGAGUAGCCAGCAUCAGGGAGGGAAGUGAGUAAAACUGUACAAGGCCCCAGCAUCUUCAGGUGUCGAGGGUCAGCUGAGCCCUCCAGCUGAGGAGGAGCUGCAUUAAAGCACUUCCCCCCUUUCAUCCCCUUCCUUGGCAGUAAUUACUGUGCAGGGAGAGGCUGCACCCACACUGCAACAGCCAAGGAGCAGUGAGGGAGAUGCUGGGAUUUGGGCUCCAAUCUGACUGGAAAUAAAGGAAUUGACUUAGAUUUUGAAAACCUCCUCCAUGUUAGGGAGGAGCUGAAUGUUCCAUGAAAAAUGGUCUGAGGUUGGGAAGGGGGGAAAGUGUGCAUGAGGAAGGGUCUGUUAGUGGGAUGGCAUGAUGUGCGUACAUAUCUGCACCCUAGGCUGGGGACAUGAUGACACCUGGCUCUGUGUGCUCUGCAGGUUGGAAGCACCACAGCACUGCAGUGAGCCCUGGAGUCCUGGGUGUGCUCUGCAGUUCUGGGUUUGGCCACCAGCCCCACUGGAGCUGCCCUCCUUGCUCCACGUCCUCCCAUGCACACCCAGCGAACAGGCAACACAAACAUCCAGUAGCAUACUGCUGUCCCUAUCUGGAAACUGGUGACUGCUGGUACCUGCAGAUUUGCUGGCGGAUCAGAGGAUUUCCCUAGUCUUGGGUAAUCAGUGCCAUGGUGGAUCACAGGAUUGGAAAAACUGGAAACAACCUUAAAAUGACAGGAGGUACAGCACAGCUGGGGCUCCUGAGCCAACAGCUCUGCUGAGGGUAUGUAUGGCCACAGUCUGUUCCUCUGAACAUUAACAGGAAUAGUGGUUUGUUCAUGGAGCCCCUGCUAGAGCCUAAAGCAUCUCUGGCAGGUGCAGGGUCUUGCACUCAGCAAAUUCAGACCUCUUGGCCUUUCCCAAGACAGCCUCCAUGGUGUCCUCCCUUGUCCCCUCGGCCUCGGAGCGGAUUGUGUUUCUGCACUACAGUUUCAGGGAAUGCAUUUUUAGGUGAUUUUAACUCUUCUCACCAGUCCUGAAAGGAUGAUUUAUUCCACCAAAACCCAAGGUGUGUCUCCCACAGGAUGAGUUGGUGUCAGACACAGAUGGUGUGUGCCCUUGGCCCUGUGACAAGUUAGGGACUCACUUGUCCAGUGGUGUGCACAUAUUUCUUGGGAACCAUUAGAGGACUGGGGGAGGGAAAGGGAAAGGCCAGGGGGAGAAUAGCACAGAGGAGUGCUCUGGGACAGAAUUAUUUGGUGGGUUUAGGAUUUGUCAUCAGCUGUACCACUACAAAAGAUGCAGAAGCUGUAAGAGCACCCCCCCCCGGUGGGCUGCCAGGCCUCAUCAGUGGCUUCACCUGGGCAGGGAGGCCUAUUUAAAGCAAGGGAAGGGGUGCAGGUUGGGCUGUGGGCAAGGUUGUUUGUAAGUAAUAUCAAGUUCUGUAUUGUAAAAAGCUGUUUAGGAGGCUGUUUUUGCAGAGGUAUCUUUAAAAAAAAAAAAAAAAGGAGUCAAUCAGUACCUGGGAGAAAAAGGGUGGAGAGGCAGAGGGGAGGUGACCUGCUCAAAGGCAGCAGUGAAGACGCAGACUGCAGGCAGGUCACUGCACAGAAUGGAUGCCCAAAAGAUACAGGAACAUCGACCUUGCUGCUGUUGUAUGCAAGUGUCACCUCAGGUAAGUGACAUGUACCCUGCACACAUGUGCCAGUGCUAAUGGGCUGCCUGGCAGAUGACAAGCUUGACUGAACUCUCUGGGGAGAUCUAAACCUGCAGGGUAUUGCCAGGUAAGGGGCUCUGAUGCCUUCAUGUCAAGAUGUGUCUGAACUCACCCUGUAGAAGUGAAACUAAAUGGAGUUGAGAAGCAUCGUUGAGGCUUUUCAUAAAUUCUAGUAUUGCCUACUUUUGUUUUUCAAGACCCCUCCCAGAAUUAAAAAAACAUCCUCAAAAAAAGGAAGCAGUUUUUCAUACAUUAAACAGGAGUAAGUGGGAAGACUUUUCCGGCUCACCCAACAUCACUGCGUAAUGCAGUAAAAAAUAUCGUAGCAAUCUUCCAACUAAUAGGAACUGAAAAUAGCUUUCUCCUUUGCUGUGCUUGUUUAUUUCUCCUGUGCCAGAUCUGUCUCUUGUUUGGCAGGGAAGACUGCCAGGAGUGUAUGAGGAAACUCUGGACGAUGGGUGUUUGGAAUACGCUGUUGUGAAAGCACUUGAACUUCUCUAGAGCCUUUUCAGCAGAGGGCUGUGAAGCAGUUUAUGAACAUCAGUUAAUGGGAGGCAGUAAAUAAGAGAGAUCUGCUGGAGAAAAGGCUUUUCAUCGUGAAAGGCCUGGUCUGUUUUCACACUCUUGGAGGCAGAGGUUAACGCGGCGAAGGCCAGCGCUGCUGUGGGCUCACUUUCCGUCAGUCAUUUUUAGCCUGUAACCACACGUGGAGCACGGCCCUGCUGCUCGUAAGAAUGUGCCAAGGCUGGAACAGAAUGUCAGCCAGAGGGGUCGGUGGCUCCACAACAGGGCCUGACCCGAGCACUGGGGGAUGAGGAACAGCAGAAAUAAAUGCUCCUGUGAACGUGUGCACACAGGACCAUGGGACCUUGCCCUCAGACAUGGAGUUGUAUUUGGGUAACAAAAGCAAUUGGUGUGUUAGCCUUUCCUCUCAUCUCCUGUUAUCUGAUCCUGCAGAGAAUGACAGCUAGGUUUGUUUUCAAUGAGCAGCAUCUGACUGCCAAGGAAUCUGCACCCAAAAGAAGUAUCUGUGCUUUAUUUGGGGUGAUGGCAGUGCUAGCUGUGAGACGCAGGCUGGCUUUGACCCAUACUCCUCCCAAGGUUUUGCAAGUCAAGCUUUACCGCAUGACCUGUGCUUGGGAAGGAGGAAGUGAUGGGCAAAACCUGCCUGUAAACAGGGGCUGUAACCUUUGCCAUUGCUGUUUAAUUCUAGCAAAGCACAGCCCUGCCCCAUGCACGGGGCUCCUGGGCAGCAGCUGGGGAGGAGGCAGCACGUGGCCAUGUCCUCCCAUGCCCUCCUGCAUGCACUGAAUGGGAUCCAGCACUCCUAGAUUUGCACACUUUGGCAGAAAAGUCCCUUUUUGGUGGCAGGACAUUUAACACCAUUUAAUGUGCUGCCUUCAAGAUGCCUGUAUGGCUGAAGCUUUGCAGCCUCCAAGGUUAUGUCCAUCAUCAGAUCCACAAUCCUCCACAGCCAGAGAAAAAUCAAAGUGUCAACCUGCCUGCACACACACAGCAGUCAGUGAAGUUGCACCAGAACAGUGAGUCUGAUCUUUGAUCUCGUGCCUACAUCGCUCUCUGUCAGGAUCUGGGAGCUGCAACCAGAGAGGCUGCCUAGCACAGCUACCCAAGACCCAGAACUCACUAGAAAAUGACCCAGGGCUACAGGUGAGGGAAAGGGCGGGAUCUGGAGAAGUGAGCAACCCAGGCACCCCAUGGCAAUACAUUUUGGAACAGGAUGCAGAGCCACAUGCUGCCUUUAAUGCAUUUGGUUAUUAUGUGUAUGCAUCUCUUUGGAAGUUUUAAACUUUUCCUGAACUGUAAGAGUCUCUUUAGCAGCUGCAAAACACCUGCUUAAAAGGUACCUAAUUUGAACAAUACUUAAUUAAAAGCGAUAGCAGCUUCUCCACAGUUCCUUCAGGCAGUGUUUUACUGAACUGCAGCUGAGGGAUGUUUUGCAGUUUGUCAGCAGGUCCUUGGUGGCCUGUGCUUAUUCCCCCUGCGGUGCAUCAGUGACAUCUGGCUCCAUUCAUUUCUAUAAAUUCAGCAGAAUGGGAAUGACAGAGUGAUGGUCCCUGGGGAUUGCCAGUGAAAGGAAAGGAGUAACCACAAGGAGUGCAGCUCACUAAAGGAGCAGUAAAUGACACCCAGCGAGAUGCUUUGCACGGGAGCAGGAGUCCAGCCUCAGGAGGACCUUGAGGGAAUGUCCUGCCCUGCAUGAGCACAAAGGAAAACGCCUGAAUGAUUGUUCUGGCUACAUGACUGUGACUGAUGCCUCGUACUUCACCCUUUGUGUACCUUUAGCUGGGGUGGUGGUAAUGCAAUGCUGCAGAACUGCAAUCUGCCAGGCUACUACCAUGUUGGAAAGGAGACAGUCGCUGACUAGUGUAUUUUCUAAAAUACAACAUAAAUCCUGCUUCAUUUAUUUUCUUUCCUGUGGUGCCUAACAGCAAGAUGUGCUUCCUGGUUUCCAACUUGCCUUACAGCAGCAAGGAGUUAGGAUUAGUUGGGCAAAAUAUAACUUCCAGCUGUGAGAAAUAAUUCCAUGCGCUAUGAAUGAACCACUAUUACAAACAACCAAGCAUUAACCAAGCCUUAAAUACUGGCUCUAAGGAAAAUAUGACACACUUCCAAAUCAAGUGUUUUAGAGUAUUUGAACUUGCUCCUAAAUAUAACCUGUUAUUUUCGUGGCAAUGUUUGCCAUACUGUGCUCAACAGUCAUCAGAUGCUAUUUAAAUUCCAGCUUUUCCUUUCCAAUGGAAACCUGCAAUGGGGUAUUUUAACUGCCCUCCUUGCUGUGUAGACUCCUCCUGAAGAAAACAGAGUGUUUGUUCAUUCUUUCUUUCACUCUUGAAAACGUAUGGGUGGAAAACUUGCCAGCUGAGACUGGGAUCAAGUCCAUUGCUUGCUUUUGCAGGGCCGUGGAUCCAGGCUCUGCCAAGGGAGUUCCUUCAGUGCUCUGAACAGUCUGGGCUCUUUGAUUCAGCUUGCGUGGAAAAGCUGAAUGGGAAACUAUCCGUGUCUGAAUGUGGUCAAGGUGCACAUGGGGUUAAGAGAGCCAAUUUAAUUUAACUUCUAAGGAAAACUGGCUGUGAGGCCAAACACCAGGUGGCAGAGUCAGUGUGUCACUAUAAGCUCUGCCUCUGCAAUUCCUUCGGCUGACCCUGUAGGUGGCCACAGCCCUGAAUUUUUUUGGUAGCAAAUACCAGACACCAGCAUUUACAACUUUUCUGAGUUCAGGCUUCACAUUUGUCAAUUAGUAUCUGAACAGCACAGGAAAGUGCAGUGCUCAGACUUACCUCAGUGCCAAGAUAGAGCACAGAAUGAUUUAGAAAGGCAGACACAGUUGCUCUGACCCCUCCCUUUAGAUGCUGCUCUAAAGCUAAAGCUCUUUGUUACAAGAAGCAGCUGUCACAGGCUUGGGAGAUCCCUCAGCUGGCAGAUCUGGGAAUUGCUGGCUGUAAUAAUUUCCAUCUAGUGAACCUAGUACUGUAUUUAAUUUCUGGGGUUAAUGCUCUUAAAUCACACAUCCUCCACCACUGCAGCCUCAUCUCUACAGAAAACACACGGUGUAGCUCCAUCCAGGCAGGGCAGGACUGAACCUCCUUUACUAGAACAGACUAGGGGGUCCUCUUGAAAAUCUUUUCAGACCAUUGUGAGACCAAGUGCACCAAGUCCACGUGUUCUGUUUGCUGUGUGAGAGAGACAGAUCUCAAGUGACAGAUUCAUUAUGUGAAUUUAACUGGCACAGGGAAAACUCAGUUGUGAUUUCCAUGUAGGCUUAACAGGUUGAGAGUGAUGAAGAGAAGCAGGUUAAAUUUCAGCUUUGCCUCACCUGCUAAGAGACUGGAAUGUUGUAAUGUUGAAAUUUUACUGUAUCUUGGGUAAUAUAAAUUUAUACCCAAGACUAUUUACACAAGGGGACAGAAAAGAGAGCCAGACAGAUUUUUAAGAUCUCAUCUUAGUCUUGGUAUCUGUUUGUUCUAAGCCAGAUCUAUCUUGAUCUUUUCAGUCAAAGAUGAGGCAGGCUUCAAAUUCUAGAGUAAUUUUUAUGUGUUCUGGGACAUAAAAAUCAACACAUCUGCUUUUAAUUUUUCCGUCUUUUAUCCACAAAUAUAGUUCCCAAAUACAGGGGUACCAGCAUGCUUUAUUUUUAAGCCUUUUUUUGGUUUUUUUGGCUUUUUUCCCCCCAACAAGUCUUACCUUCUUCUGUUUGGAUGCAGAACACCUGCUGGAACUGCUGUUUGCAGAAUUACUGCAUGGAAUGUGAGUGUUUGCUUGGUCACACAACAGCAUGCACAUAAAAAGUGUAAGGAUUUGGCCUUGUGCUUCAGCAACCUUCAAGCAUCUCAACAGAUCCUUUUUACACCUUUCUACACUGCUUUAACAAGAGGUUAUUCCUUUUAGAAAUGUAGGGCAUUAUGGCUCACUUUAACCCAUCAGGAUCCAGGAAUUUACCCAGGACUCUCCCUUAAAAGAAUUCUAAUCUUAAUUAUUAGUGCAUUGUCCGAAGCAUCACAGAGUACUUGCUGAACAUUAUUUCCAUUCCAAUUACACAUUUAGAAAGGCAGAUUUUUAAGAAUGCCAUGUUUUCACACUUUGCAUAUUUGCUACUACCAAUUGCUUAUCAAGGAAAAGGCCUUUUUUUGGUACCAUACUCAUGCUUUAUUAAAAAAAAAGCUACACAACGCUAAGAAAAAAAUCAAAUAUACGUUACAAAAAACCUGCAGCUGUUCUCAAGAGAUCUGAUGUCACUUAUAAAUGCAAGUCAGCAGGUAAGAAAUUAAAUGAUAAUUUAACACUUCAGUUGCAGUACAUCACCUGAACUUAACUGUCCAAAACAAUCAGUCAUUCUUAUAUUGACUGUUGAUUGUAGCUACAUAAACAAUCAUCUGUAUCAACUGAUUAGAAAAAAAAAUCCCUGGAAAAUUUAGAGAUAAAUGGAAAAAUGUUAGGAGAAUGUUACUUAGCCCACCUAUAAACUUUUGCAGAAACUAAGAGAUCUUUCUGGCUUUGCUCUCCUCUGGUUAACUGCAACUCCCAUGCAUAAUUUAGAAAUGUUGAAGUGUAAAGCUGCUAAAUUCUGGUCAGUGAGAGCAUUAAAUUAGUACAGUAUGGAUCUAUGUGUACAGCUGCCAACCAUCUACACUAGUGCUGUGUCUUACUAUCUCCACAGAAGUGUAUUGUGCAAGUCUCAAAUAACUUCAAAACACUCUUGAAACAGCCCUUAUGUCACUGCUAUGAGGUAGGUACUGUCCUUCCUUUGGAGAAGAAAAGAGAACAGACUCUCUACUGCUCAGAACAUCAAGCACACUGAAAAACAGAACAACCAGCCUACUUUAGUAUUUGACUUCCCUGGAUUCAGAGCUCUCACCUGCAACAUUAUGUUUAGCUCCAUGCAUUCUAGGAAUAACCAGUAAAUGAUACUUUUGAUUACACCUUUUCCAAGCUGAGGAAGAUGUUCAGCAUAAAUGUUCUAGAACAAGAAGAAGCACUGCCAUCUCUAGUCUGUUCCAUACAGCUGCACAGCCUACAAUUUAGUCAUUUUGUACAUGGAGAAUGAACCUCUGUCCUUUAGUCUGACAGCAGCCACUCUUCUUUCUCUGAUUGAAGGAUACUGGGGAAAAAAAUGAACUGCUGCCAGAAGGCAGGCAGCACACAGAGGGCUACAGGUACCUCAUGCAGUUCAAGGGUAGCCUAAAUUAAUGCUUUGCUGCCUCUGUAGAUGUGAACUCUAAAGCUGCUUUUACUACCCCAAGUGCAGAAUUGUUAGGUCUUCACAAUUUUUUUGAGUAAGCUAAGGAGCUGUGAGAAGGGAGUUCACAGAGGUCCUUCACUCUAAGCCCAUAAUACAUUUGCCCUCUAAAACCAUAUUAACAUCUUUUACUAAUAAAGAAAUCCUAGCCCACAUCUUUCACAGUUGUCACUCUUUUCAGAGCCCCCCAGGAGCAGUUGUGUGGCAGUGUAGUAAGCUGGCUGACAACUGGCAAGAAUGCUGGAUUAUACACAUUAUAUACAUGUGCUGCCAAAUGGAAAUGGGUGGCAUAGACAGUCAGAAUUGCUGCUGUCUCAUCUUUAAGUAGUAAAACUACACCCUACUCAGCUGGCAAUAAUAAUAAUAUUGAUAUCCAGCAAUAUACCUGUGACACUAAGCUAUCCCUGUUUAAAAACGGAGUAGAAAAUUCAAGUACCAAAAUAAAAGUUUCUAACUGACAGGAUAAAGCAACACCCUCAAUUUAAGAAAACUGAGUGUAAUAGACUGGCUUAUUCACUAGAAAUAACACUAGAGAUGCCAAAGCUCAGUUACCACUGCAUGUUGGAAUGUUACUGCUAAAUUUCAACUACAGCAAAUUCAUGACAAACAAGUAAUUAAAAAAUGUUGACAUUCAUCAUGAGCAGCAGUUGUGUACUGGCCCCUUAUGAACUGCUUCUGGCUAAGAAGGUCAGCAUGAACCAUCUACAGUGAAUGCCAAGUUGUAUCCUCAGAAAGAUGGACCCUUGCUACACCUGGACUUUCCCACCACUGGUUCCAGUGCAAGCUGUCGUCUCUCAUCUUUCAUGCUCAGGACUUAAGCAUUUGGUCAGCUACUGAGUGCAGAGAAGAGAGCUCAGCCCUUCAAAUACUUACUUCUUAUUUGUACAAAUAAAACUCGGAUAUUACAAAUUAAUAUCCUCUGUUCUGACCCUUUGUCUUUUUUCCUGGCAUAGCACUGUAUCAUCACCACCCCCUCAAAGAGUACCUUUAAAUCUUGGGAAGAUUUAAGAGUAUACAGUUCAAGAUGACCUAUUAAAGAAGGUGAAAAAACCCCUCUCAAUGCCAGGUUAGAGACAUAAUGCAAGAGAGGGAACUUCCAAGAUCAGUGCAUCAGGUGCUGCAAUCACUAUGGGGCUUUAGCAUUUAUCCAUAAACACUCUGUUGAAUCAAUGCAAGCUGGAAUACAAGCCUGCAAAUCUACCACAGAACCAGUCAGAUUAUAUCACUAAAGGCAAAUAAAGCUGUUCCACACAAUUUGAGUGGAGACACCCCUUAUGAGGGCAGCAUUCAACUGUUUCCUAAAUUAUCUGACUGACAAUUAAGCAACAUUAACUGCAAAAAAUAUUCUAGCUGUAUUUUCAGGAAGCUGAACAAAGCAUCUCUUCCACACCAGUACAAGUCAUGAACAUCUUCAUAGUUCAUUCUGGCAAAGUGUGUAACAAAACAGUACCAGCACAGGUAGUUUCAGAGCCUAGAUGCUUCAAACACACUGUGGCAGGACUUGGAAGGAUCACUCAGCAUUUAUCGGCUCAGAAGUUCAGUCCCUGCAGACCAAGUGUGGAACUAAAAGGGCAUUUUCACAGGUGUGGAUCAGAAAAGGGAGGAAAUGACAACAGAGGCCUCAAAUCUAUGCCUCUUCCUGAACUCAACAAGCUUUCAGAUAGCAUUCAGACAGAGGAAGAGAGGCAGCUGGGAUGCAAACAGUUCACGCCUUGUCCAAGCAAACUGGUGUUCUGCAUAUUGGCUCUUUUCCCUGUCAGUUCAUUCCUGAAUACAAUGGAUGUGGAUCAAUACCUCAGUACCUGAUAAUCAUGUAAGCCACAAAAGGAAAUCUUGUUUUAAUUCUGCAUACUUGACUUUGAUUUUUUCUGCUUGACUACUUAACCAAUGUGCAGCUAGUGAUGAAUAUGCAUCUCUGUCACUGGUUAAGAAAGACAAAGUGAAAAAAACCUCAGACCAAUGUACUGACCAGUGUAAAGAUGACUCAGAUUUAAAAACUGUAAAGGGUGGAUUAAAUAGUUUGCCAAUAAAAAGAAUUAUUUGAAGCCAACUGUUUUUCAAAUUCAGUUUCAAGUGUGUACAGCAAAUCCUUGUAAAGCUUUUAAAAACAUAAAUUGGCAUUUUGAUACGUAUGACAUUCUAGUUCUUAGGAGAGAGAACCAAGAACUCACUGAAAAGAUGUUUUGGCUUAUUCAACAGUUCCUUGAGUAAACAUUGCAGAACUACCACUAUAAUCUGAAUACCUAAGAUGCUGGCACGAUUCAAUAACUACCCAUUUUACAAAUCUGGUAUAAAAAAGAAAUUUAUGUAGUAAUACCAAUUCAGCACAUAAACUCCAUGCUUCACAAGUUCUGCUGCUGUGCAAGAGUCUUCCUAGCAUCUAUGCAGCUAAGUUCAGAUUUUUAGGUCACUGCAUGCCCAGAUCAAAACAGCAGCAAAAUAUCUACCACUACAAGCAGCUAUACCCAAUUGUGCCUUUAGAAUGAAAACUAUGCAGAAGUUGAGAUGAUCAGUGCCUGGCCACUGAGACAGGACCACACACAAACCUCAGUGUGCGCACCUCGUAAAGAGUAACGUUACUUAUUGAACAAGAACAAUGCAUUCAGGUUCUGAUACAGAUAUGAUACAAUCAAGACAGAUUAAAGUCACCAGACAUUCAGAUUAGGGAGAGGAGAAAAAUCCUUCAAUGACAAUGCACAGAUGACAAGCCAGCAUUACAAAGAACUCUAAAGGCACAUUUCAGGUAACAUGUUUCUGUUAAGACCAACCGCUUACACACGCAGGCACAAAUCUUAAUGGCUACCUCCCCCCGACCCCCAACAAUUAAAAAAAAAAAAUUAAAAGAGAAGUGCAUUUUCAGUAAUAUUAACACCAUUCAGUUAAUCUGUUCAGUCCAAAUGUUUAGCAGUAUUUUCCUUAUGGUGAUAUGAGUUCUCUGCACUACUCCAAUCCAAAAAUAA